AUGCUUGAGGCCUUUCGCCAGGAGAUCCCUUCUCUACCUCGACAGCGGCCGCCCUUUGCAUGGCAGGCGGCGAGAGAUUUCCAGAGGGAGUUCGACAUUAGUGGGGAAGAGAAUGAGAUCGUGACCAAAGUUGGUGACUUCAAGGAAUCCCACUGGGCAGUACCAAUUGCCGGGACGCUGAAGCUUUUCAAGGGCUGCAUCUACCGCUGGACCCUCCGGCUGGAGCACAUCUGUCGGUUCCACCCGACCAGAAAUGCAGAUCGGAGUCGGGAGCUCGGAGAUGGCGGUUUGACCGGUUUCUGUGCCCAGGCGGCUGAUGACAACUACUCGAUUGACCAGCUGCUGCACCAACACAUUCGAGUCUUGGUGAGCGUGGACGGCUCGGACCAGUCCUCUUGCGCUUUCGAGUGGGUCCUCCAUGGCUUCACCCAGAGCGACCGCGAAACAGAUCUUCUUAUUGUUCACUACUAUGACGACACGAAGGAGUACCUCCCACCAAAGUGGCGGAGAAAUGCCAUCCAAGCAGAUGCGGAAGCCAAGUGCACCUCUUACUUGGUUUCAAAGCGAUACGCUAUCAGUGUUCGUCAGAGAAGUCCCGGGGUAAAGAUUGGCGACAUCAAGGACCAGGGCACGAGCUUCUGUGUAAUGGGCUUCGCCGGACGCAAAGGUAAGGACAGGCACAUCAUCGGCUCCAAUGUGCUGGAGGUGAUGCAGCGGGGCAAGUGCAGUUGUGUUGACGCUCGGCAGCUGGAUGUCAGUGUUUCCCCAAUUCGAAACAACAAUCUGAUGCAGAGAGUUUUGACAAUCAAGGUGUUCAAAGAAGCCGACGCAAGCAAGUUGCCGCUCAAGCGGCCAGCGAAGUUCGUCGUGUCCACUGGUCUAAACCCUGCAGCCACGAAAGCUUUCAUAGAUGCGCUCCGCCUAUCUCGCCCAGGAGACCACAUCCACGUGGUCUACAUCCGACCCUACUUGGAGCCACACUCGAAGGAGAGCAGGGUUACACAGGCCAUCCGGCACAAGUACGACUCCAUCUUCGAAGGCAUGCAAGAUGCUGCAGCCUGGCCGAGCGGGAAGAUGGUGAAGUUUAAGGAUGCUUGUCGCUUGCCGUUUCGUGAGGUCUUUGCACCGCAAGGAAUCAAUGAGGGCAUAGCCCAGGCAAACAACUUCGAGGCGGAUUUCGUGAUGGUUGGUACCAAUGUGCUGCGAGUGGAGAAAGGAAAGCCGCCGCUGGGUUCGGUGUCCUUGCAGAUAGUCAUGGAGUUUCCUGGGAACUGUGUUGUCAGCAGCUUCAAUCCAGACACGGAGCCUGAGCUGACGCAGCCGUCACGGCCAAGUGAUGCUUCGCGAGCUGUGGAGUGGAAUUUGCGGAGGGGCCAGAAAGGGCUGUCCAUUGGAGCCAAAAGCGAGCACCAAAGCGACGGUGGCGACCGGAUGUUGAAGGAAGGCGACUUUGUGCACGUCGAGGUGGAUCUUCGUGGCUUGCACCUGCCCUUCGGAACUCUGGCGAUUGCCAUUAACUCGGAGCCGGCGGAGAUGGUCUUCGAUGACAUCGCUUUGUCAUCAAGCAUGCACAUGAUGCCGGUGGUCUGCAUGGGCAGUGAUGGAUCCAGAGUCCGUGUUUGCCCCGCCUUUUGA